AUGUCAUACGAGUCUGCCGCUAUCAGGCUGCGUCGCCUCCGUCUGGGGGACAUCAAGGUUCCCGUGCUCCAUGGCGAAAAGACACCCCCGCGCGAGUUUGACAGCUCUACCGAGGAGACGCUGGAUCUGGUUAAGUGGCACAACAACACCAGGAAGCCAGGUGUUGCACUCUCAGCGGGCGUCGCCAACCCGACCGCGCCCAUGUCUUUCCUCACAGCGAAAAGCUGCUCAAGCAGCUUCACGCCUGGUCUCGCUCGACCGGACUUCCGCAUGUACUUUGAGCCAGGAUCCGACUUUACGCUCACAUUGACGCCCAGUCUCGCGACUCUGAUCGAGGUGGCCAUCUCACUCAAAACCUUUCUCGGCAGCAAAGAGAAUGACGAGUUGGAAAUCUGGACGCUCGGCGUGCCCGCAGUCGUUGACGGAGUUGAGGAAGACGCCCUGUCUCCUUUUGCCAGGCCCUCGGACCUGGGCGACGAAACGGCGCUGACCGAGCCCGACGAGGGGGACAAGGGCGGCGCCGACGACGACGACGACGCCGACAAGCCUACCAUGGUCGACUUCCUGGUCGCCAUCCGUGCGGUCGAAGCGUACCGGGAGCGCGUGGCUGCCGUCGAGGUUGAGCGCGACGAGGCCUAUGCACGCUGGCUCCUCAAUCAGGCCAAGGAAAAGGCGUGGUGA